AGGAGGAGGAGGAGGAGAAAAUCUCUCUCAGGUGAGCCCUCCAUUUCUCUAUUGUAGCUUAUUCCAAAUAUAAUCAAGUUAACAAGAAUAGCCACCACAAGUAUACCUCUUGUCAACUUGGCACACAAUCAUAUUUUCUUAGGUCAUGAUUAAUUUCAAAAUGAUAACUGUAACCAGAUCACAAUUAGACCUAAACAUAAUGUAACUACCCCACACACAUUCACAACACAUAUAUUUAACCAGGUCAUACUUACCUCUAACAUGAUAUAACUGUCCUUCAUACAUUCCAGAUGUAGUCAAGUUGACAACAAGGAAAAGCCAUCAUACCUCUCUUCAACAAUUCCUCUAUUUUUUUCUCAUUUUGUUUUUAUUUUAUGUAUGUGGGUGUUUUGCUUGCAUGUACAUUCAUGAACCACCUAUGUGCCUCAUGCUUCAAAAGUCAGAAAAGAGCAUCAGAUUAUCUGGACCUGGAGUUACGGACAGUUAUGAGUCACCGUGUGAGUGCUAGGAAUAUUCUUCCCCAUGGAAGUACUGCCAGUGUUCCUGACCACAGAGCUGUCUCUUCAGCCCCAUAAUGCAAUCAAAUAUAAUUAUGUUGAAAUUUCCCAUCAGGGUAUCUGUUUUCCACUCAUCGGAUUUAUUUGCUCCCUUUUUUUCCUACUCCUGCUGUGGCAGACUUUAUUCCCAAAAGAUUGCAGAUGGCAGUACAAAUAUAAACAGAAUAGUGCAUGCGUAUACAUAGCAUACCCUCUUCCCUUUCCCUUAUUGCUGCUAUUUAACUCACUAUCAAAAAAUCUCUGCUUCCUUCUCCUCAUUUGAAUUCUAACAGGGCCAUAUGCCUUCUUCACAAAUAUAAAAUGGCUAAGACUAUAGAUUUCAGCUGUCUUAACUUUUGCCCUUCCAGCUGUGACGUGAAAAACCCAAUCUGGAUCAUCUAGAAAGACCACAAGGAGGCUCCCAUAUCCUUGGUGUCCCCAGCUCUGUUCCAGUAUUGAGAACAAACAUGUGCAGGAGUGAAUCCCAGAUGAUUCUAUUCCCUUGCCUUGGAGAUUUCCAUGUGAAAUAACACACACUGUGUCACAGAGACAGCCUCUUUUUUGUUGUUGUUUUACUCUUGUUUUUCUGAGACAGUCUCCCUAUGUAGCCCAGGCUGGCUUUAACUUCCCUCCUGCCUCAGUCUCCCUAGUUCUGGGUACACAGGAGCUCUCUGCCACAUUCCAGCAAAGGACGUGGUUUCAGAGGACUGUUGCUGUCAAAGACCAGAGUUUGUUAGGGCCUUUCCACACUAGAAGCCCGAUGCUUUCAUUUUUAGAUCUUUAUCUCAGGCAUUUAUUCAAAGUCCAAGUUCCAAGGUCUUAGUCUCUUCUCUGGGUUCAGCCUACUUAUAUCUGGUUGAGGAGGGAAAUACUAAGAUAUUUUCCUCAGCUCUGACCGAAUAGUCUGCAUUUUUAAAAACUCUUCCAUUAUCUACAGUGUUGUCAGAGCCUUGGUUUGAGAGUCUCUGAGAAGUCCUGGGCAUCUGUGCUGACCGACAGGGCCUCCUUCUCUAGAGCACACCACGUUCCUGAGGGUUGCUGUAAAACUACUGAGAAGGUCCUUUUCCAGGGGUCAUUGACUUGUUUGGAGGUGCUGGUGGAUUGAUGGAGUUCCGGGCCAGUCUUCUGGCAAGUCGUGGCUUUGCCACCUUAGCUCUGGCUUACUGGAACUAUGAUGACCUGCCUUCUCGACUGGAGAAGGUAGAUCUAGAAUAUUUUGAAGAAGGUGUAGAGUUUCUCCUGAGACAUCCUAAGGUCCUCGGCCCAGGUGUUGGCAUCCUUUCUGUAUGCAUUGGAGCAGAGAUUGGACUUUCUAUGGCUAUUAACCUAAAACAAAUAAGAGCCACUGUACUUAUCAAUGGGCCUAAUUUUGUUUCUCAAAGUCCACAUGUAUAUCAUGGUCAGGUCUACCCACCUGUACCCAGUAAUGAAGAGUUUGUAGUCACCAAUGCCUUGGGACUUGUAGAAUUCUAUCGAACCUUUCAGGAAACUGCAGAUAAGGACAGCAAAUAUUGUUUUCCCAUUGAAAAAGCUCAUGGACAUUUCCUUUUUGUGGUUGGAGAAGAUGAUAAAAAUCUCAACAGCAAAGUGCAUGCUAAUCAAGCCAUAGCACAGCUGAUGAAAAAUGGAAAGAAGAAUUGGACUCUGCUGUCUUACCCUGGGGCAGGUCACCUGAUUGAGCCUCCCUAUACCCCACUGUGCCAAGCCUCAAGGAUGCCCAUUUUGAUCCCAAGCCUCAGCUGGGGAGGAGAGGUUAUCCCCCAUGCAGCUGCACAGGAGCAUUCUUGGAAGGAGAUACAGAAAUUUCUCAAGCAGCAUCUCCUUCCAGAUUUGAGCAGUCAGCUCUGAGUGGACUUGAUUAUAUUCCUGGAAAGUGGAGCUGGGCAUCUCCUGGCCAGCACCACUCCUCACUUCCAUAGAGGAAUGUCUUUGAUCUCUUAUCUGGCAAGGAAGGAGAGUACCACAAGAAAAUACAGGAGGAUGGAGAGUGAUAACGUCUUGAAUUUGGAAGGGGAAACAUGUUUUCCAUGGAAUGAAAUGUCAUGCAGUGAGAGCCCUAUAUCUACAUGAAUAAAAUCGUAGGCCUUUCCUAAAAUGUUCAACAUCAUAGCAACUUUCUGUUAUGAUAAUUAUCAGGGAAAUUAUCAGUGAUAAACCACAGAAUACUUUUGUUUAUAAAAGAAACAUGAAAAUAAUUAUAUAUUAUCACUUAUUAAUUUCUUGAAACUCACAUUAAAUAUACUUAGAUCAUU